AUGCCGGUUUCCCAAGGGGACGCUACUGAGAAGCUGGCUCACCAAGUCGCGGCCCAGGUUGCUGCUGCUGAUCGCAGGGUUGAAGAGGCCCCAGGUGACCCUCAUGAGGAGGAAAAGGAUGAAGCGCACAAAAGUAGCAAAGGCCACGUAAGCGAACCUGCAGCCGAAUGCCCCACUUCACCUGAGUCCUUAGCAGAGGCCACCUGCUCGUUAGACAUGGAGGACAAAGAAAAGGAGGACCUCCCGGAAGGCUUAAGCCCUCUCCCCGCGGAUGCGGCGGGCCAGCUGGAUGUCUUUGGGCAUGAUGGUGACCCUCUUGGCGUGGAUGGCGCACAGGUUGGUGUCCUCGAACAGCCCCACGAGGUAGGCCUCGCUGGCCUCCUGCAGGGCCAUGACGGCGGAGCUCUGGAAGCGCAGGUCGGUCUUGAAGUCCUGCGCGAUCUCCCUGACCAGCCGCUGGAAGGGCAGCUUGCGGAUGAGCAGCUCGGUGGACUUCUGGUAGCGGCGGAUCUCCCUCAGGGCCACGGUUCCGGGCCUGUAACGGUGAGGCUUCUUCACGCCGCCGGUGGCCGGCGCGCUCUUGCGGGCCGCCUUGGUGGCCAGCUGCUUCCUGGGGGCCUUGCCUCCGGUGGACUUACGGGCGUGGAUAUGACCGUUGCAAGGGGACGUCCCGGCUUUAAAUCCGGCGGAGCCGUGACGCAGCGUCGGAACUCCGGGCUCCUGAUUGGAGAGCGGCUCCUCCAGCGGCUCCUCCUGCAGCUGGACCCCGCCUAG